AUGAUCACAAGCACUAUCGAGAUAGCCGCACCACCCGCCAAAGUGCGCGAGAUUCUCCUCAACUUCUCCUCAUACCCGGAAUGGCACACGGAAUGGCUGAAAAGCAUCGCGCCCAAAGAUAGCAGCAAGACCCCGCAGCAACUCACCUCGGGCGAUGAAAUAGAAGUCGACAUCGAGAAUUUCAAGUUCGUCGCUGAAGUCAGAGAGAAUACCGAGAGCUUGUUUUCUUGGCAGGGCCCGCCUGUGUUUACGAUCGCUGGUUUGCACAAAUUCCAUAUCGAACCGGCUAAUGGUGGUGCUUCGACGGUUUUCACGCAGACGGAGGAUCUGAAGGGUCUUCUUGCGUUUAUUAUGAGUCCUUCGCUGCUGGGAAAGAAGAUGCGGGCUCAUUUUGAUGGCUUUCACCGGGAUUUGAAGGCUCGGGCUGAACAAGAUUGA